AUGAGUUUUGAAAAAGCAACAGAGGUUAGAUUGAAGCUCAAUACUGGAGCUGAUUUCCCGGCAUUGGGACUUGGUACGGCCAAUAGGGCUGAUCCACCCAAGACGAAGGAAGCCGUUAUAGCCGCGGUCGAGGCUGGAUAUCGUCACAUUGAUACAGCAUGGAGAUAUGGCUCAGAAGGAUAUAUCGGAGAAGCUCUUAAGGAUCUAUUUGCUAGAGGCGUUGUCACCAGAGAAGAGCUUUUCAUCACUACGAAGGUGUGGCCCACCCAUUGGGAUAUCCCAAAGCAAUCCUUUGAGGAAUCUCUAAGACGUUUGGGUGUUGAUUAUGUUGAUUUGCUUCUCCAACACUGGCCACUUGCAUUCAAGAAAGUUUACGAAGAGAACGGCGAUUUGGUUCAACUCCCAGUAGAUGAAAAUGGCGAGUACCUUUUUGACGAAAACGGACAUUAUCUACAGGGCUACAAGAACAUUGAAGACCUUUAUCUUGAAGACAAGGGAAAGAGAAUCAGAGCCAUUGGAGUCUCGAACUACGCGAUUCCAUAUCUGGAAGAAUUGCUGAAGGUCGCGAGAGUAGUCCCAGCAGUUGACCAGAUUGAACUCCACCCACAUCUUCCCCAGAAAGACAUCGUCAAUUAUGCUGAGUCAAAAGGUAUUUUAAUUACGGCUUAUUCUCCAUUGGGAGCUAAUGGUGCACCGAACCUGAAAAUACCUCUUGUGCAAGAGGCAGUCAAGAAGUACAACGUUACUCCCAACGAAGUCCUGAUUUCUUAUCAUAUCAGGCAAGGAAGAUCAGUUAUUCCUCGCUCUAUCAAUACGGAAAGGAUCAGGAACUCUAUCAGAUUAGUUCCUCUCACCGAAGAAGAGUUAGAGGCUUUUGACAAUUUCGGAAAGGAGAAUCCUGCCAGGCACAUUCGUGACAAAUGGGGAGCAAAUAUUCCCGGAUUUGAAUACUGGACCGGUUAA